AUGGCUAUCUGUAUCACGUUUGGAACUCAUGGUCAGUUGCCUGUCCCCACGUUCUUGCUGGACCCAGCCGCCAAAGUGGAACCACCCGUUCCUGGGGUGUCCACGGUGUCGGACUGGUCUAAGUUCACUUCAAUUCUGGAGGGCUACGAGAAUGUUCGGGCCUACUGCUACAAUUGCCAGCACUGGAAUGGCCACUGCAUCACUCGAUGGCCCUUUUUCACUGUCUGCUUCAUCCCCUUGAUUCCUCUGGCAAUUCACAAGUACAAGGAGGUGACAUGCUACACCUGUCGGUACACUCAGGAUCUCAGGGACCGGCCUGACAUCACACCUGACACCCGGCCACCUCCACACAUGCAAUGGGGUCCACAGCCGCCGCCGCAGGCUUUUGGCGGCUGGCAGCAACCGCCCCCUCAGGCCCAGCCUCCCCAACAGCAGGGGAUUGGGUAUAAAUGA